GUCCUUAGCUUGUUUUUCUCUUCAGCUCAUGGUGGUCUCACGUGGAGAUGGGUCCCCCCGACCCUAUCCUGGGGGUGACGGAAGCUUUCAAGCGCGACACCAACUCCAAGAAGAUGAAUCUGGGCGUGGGGGCGUACCGGGAUGACAAUGGGAAGCCGUAUGUCCUGAACUGCGUUCGCAAGGCAGAGGCCCAGAUAGCAUCUAAGAAGAUGGACAAGGAGUACUUGCCCAUUGCAGGGCUGGCAGAUUUCACCAGGGCAUCAGCAGAACUGGCUUUGGGUGAAAACAGUGAGGCUUUCAAGAGUGGCCGGUACGUCACUGUGCAGGGUAUUUCUGGGACUGGAUCUCUGCGAGUUGGAGCCAAUUUUUUGCAACGGUUCUUCAAGUCUAGUCGUGAUGUGUAUCUGCCCAAACCAUCCUGGGGCAAUCACACGCCCAUUUUUCGUGAUGCUGGCCUGCAGCUUCAGGCUUACCGCUACUAUGACCCCAAGACAUGCAGCCUUGACUUCUCUGGAGCCAUGGAUGACAUUUCUAAAAUUCCAGAGAAGAGCAUCAUCCUCUUGCAUGCCUGUGCUCACAACCCCACCGGGGUGGAUCCUCGGCAGGAGCAAUGGAAGGAGUUGGCUGCUGUGGUGAAGAAACGGAGCCUCCUUGUGUUCUUUGACAUGGCGUACCAGGGCUUUGCCAGUGGGGACAUCAACCGGGAUGCCUGGGCUGUGCGGCACUUCAUCGAGCAGGGCAUCAACAUCGUUUUGGCGCAGUCCUAUGCCAAGAACAUGGGGCUAUACGGGGAGCGUGUGGGUGCCUUCACGGUGAUCUGCAGUGAUGCAGAAGAAGCCAAGAGGGUUGAGUCGCAGUUGAAGAUCCUUAUCCGCCCCAUGUACUCCAACCCUCCCAUCAAUGGAGCCCGCAUCGCCUCUCUCAUCCUGAACAGCCCUGACCUGCGGAAGGAGUGGCUGGUGGAGGUGAAGAGCAUGGCCGACCGGAUCAUCAGCAUGCGAACUCAGCUCGUGUCCAACCUCAAGAAAGAGGGAUCUUCCCACAACUGGCAGCACAUCACUGACCAAAUUGGCAUGUUCUGCUUCACAGGGCUGAAGCCUGAGCAGGUGGAGCGGCUGACCAAGGAGUUCUCCAUCUAUAUGACGAAGGACGGCCGAAUCUCUGUGGCGGGAGUUACAUCGGGCAAUGUGGGCUACCUGGCUCACGCCAUCCAUCAAGUCACCAAGUAAAGGUGUGCCCUGGAGCUGUUGGCCUUCCCUUCCCCUGUCUCUUGUUGCUGAUGGGAGAACGGGAGAGGAAGGAAGCAAGCAGAAUACUUCCAACCACAGCACUUAACGCCGCUGCUGAAUGUAUCUUGUAGAUGAAUUGUUGUAGAGGCCUAGUCAAAAUCACCCUACAUUGCUGAGUGGGGGCACCAUUGCUGGCUUCUACUCCCAUCAGAACCAUUCUCCCCUGCUGUUCAUCCUUUCUCCAUCUGCCCCAGCACCCCUCUGCAGUGGAGGAAGCAAAUGGUUAGCACCCUGCUAUCCUACCAGUGUAGGCACAAGUGCAUCCUCACACUCAUUUCUCCAUGAGAAGGCUUUGUAAGGCUGUUUGCCACUUGCCAGCAGUGGAGGGGCAGCGGGGUGGGCUGAGUGGGAGAGCUGCUGAGGUGCACUCCUGUGACUUCCCCAGCCUGUCCCCGCUGUCUGCAAGUUCUGUCCUCCUUCCCCCUUCUGCUGCUAGGCUUUGGUCUAGCCAAGGGCCAGGCAGCACUGAAGGCUGCCCUCUGACAGCCAGCACAAAGGCUUUGAGGACUUUUCACUACUAAAAUCUGCUGCAUUCUUGGCUUAGCUCUUUCCAGCUGGGAACCUCCUCUCAGGUGUCAUUCACAGUGGUGUUGGUGCGUGAGGCAGGCCAAUGUCAUUUCUCUAAACCUGCCUGGUUCUCCUGGCUUCGCUCCCAUACUCCAAGGUGAAACAAUUACUUGCCCCUCAAUAAGAACAUACUCUGAAAACUACUCUUUGUUGGUUUUUGCCUCUCCGAGUUUCUGUAUCAACCCCAUCAGUCCUCCCUGCAAAGAAGAGUCUGUGUAUGUGUGUGUGUCCCCCAAAGCCAUGAGCCAAGAUGUGGGGCCAGCCAUGUGCACCCUCACAUGGGGGUGUGUACCAUGGUGUCCCCCUCUUGUCUGCUGUGUUCAGCCAGACUUCGGGUGCUGUUAGAAAGCAGGGAGGAAAGAUCCUGAGGGAAGUCUGAGAGCUGGUGACUCAAGAAAACGUUCUCUCUUUUUAAACUGAGACUUGAGAGGGCAAGGGCAGACCCUGCCUAUAGGGCAGACCUGGACUCCAAUCUUUCAUCUAAAGUAAGCUGACACAUGGCUGUGUUGAGUUCCUGCUAUAAUAGUACCGCUGGAUCCCGCCCCUUCCACGUACCAAACAUUCCCUCUCAGGGAUGUGGCAGCACAGGGGAUCUCAUAUGGCCAGUGAAACCCUGUCUUUGAAGGGUCCCCCACAAACAGUGCAGUUCCCACCCAACCUUGUGUCCUGAACGCGCCAGGGCACGUGGACUGAGACUGCUCCAGGUGGCAGUUAGGGUCGUGCAGCUAAAAUUGCAGCCUACUCAGCUGAACGUAGCUGUUGUGUUUCUUUUUUGUUUGUUUGUUUGUUUGUUCUCUCUGGGGAGAGUGUGAGUGCGCAAAGGCAGUCUGCCCUGUGCCCAGCCACUGAAGCAAGGUGGAGUUUUUGCUUGCAGCAAGCACAGGUUGGUCCCUAGGCAGACACCAAGGGGAUAUUUUUGUACCGAAAUGAGCUUUCUCCACCCUGUGGCUCUGAUCUCCCAACUGACAUCUUUCUCCUUUGUGGUUGCACUAGGAUGUUUAGCAGAGCAGUCCUUGUUUUUCCUUCCUUACCAGUGCAAAUUUGUUCCCCUCAGAGCUGGGAUGGGUCUGUCUAGCACAUGCUGUCACUGCACUUUCUGGCAGAGGAGGAGCUGCUUACACAAGCCACGCAGGGCUGGAGCCUCCCGUUGCCCCAGAGCAGACAGUUUGCACUUUAACUGCAAUGAUUGUUUACAUGGCCCGAUGCCUACAGCCUCUGCCUCUCUCCAAUUUGUGCAAUAACCGCUUUCUGUGCUGCUGCUCUGGGUGCUGGCCCAUCGUGCUGUAGGAUGGUGGGUUCUUGUGCUGUGCUCCUGCGUUCUGCCCUGCUCUGGAGCCUGUCUUACCUGGUUUCGGAGAGCCUUUUUACCCUGUAUAAUCAUUAGGCCUUUCUGCAGCCUGUUCUCUGUUACAAUAAAAAUAGAGCUGGAGCACG